AUGUACGCCAGCGCUAAAAAUGAGCUGGACCCAACCAAAACCUAUACUCCAAAUGAUUUUGAAUUCAAAGGAAAAUUAGGUAAAGGCCAGUUUGCCGACUGCUACAAGGCCAAGUUUAUGGGAGAUGGCAGUUACUACGCUGUUAAAAGAAUACAGGUACGCGGUGUUUACAAUAUUUCUCGAGUUUUUAAAAUUUCCUGAAAGUUGCUUUUGUCUUAAGCAACCUACCCUACUAGACCGAUGUAAAUCUACAAACAUUAUACUUUUACUUACCGUGGUACUAACCUAACAAUAAUUAUUUAGUUAAACUUGCUAAAAGACCAGAAGUCAAAAGAAGACUGUAGAAAAGAAAUGGACUUGUUGAAAAAGCUACGACAUGAAAAUAUUAUACGAUGCUACGUUUCAUUUGAAGACAAGGUAUGUGCAGCCCCAGCCCUGUGAAGUUAAAUCUUUAAUAUUAGGUGCCGACAUAAAGAACCCGCCAUUUUUACACGAAAUUACAGGGUGCGCCAAAAGUCCCCGGACUAACUUUACCGGUCGAUUUCUUUAUGUUGUACAGAAAAAGUGUGGCGGGUUCGUUAUGUCGGCACCUAAUACUCAUUUUGUAAAAUACGACUUCUCUAAAAUUCAGUUUUUAAUAUAACACUUUCAGAACUCCGACUUCUUGUUCAUCGUACUAGAACUAGCGGAUGGUGGUGACCUUCAUGGUAUGUUAAAGGUAAACACAACCCUAUCAUAUUUGACAAUCUUUUGAAAUUUAGACAUUCAAAAAGAAUCUUCGAUUAGUGCCGGAAAAGUCCAUUUGGAAGUAUUUUGUACAAAUCUCCAGAGGACUGACUUACAUGCAUCAAGAGAGUAUAAUGCACAGAGGUAGGCAUAAUAUCAUAUUCUAUAAUUGAUAUACUAGGUUGUUCAAAUAAUUCAGUGCCCCUAACCCUUAAAACAAUUUGACAUGAAAGGAGCACAUAAAAAUUUGAACAACCUAAUCUAACUUGAUUAAAAAAUUGUUUUGUGUUAAUUGUAGCUUACUUGAAUCUCAUUUAUUAUCGUAUUUUAAGACAUCAAACCAGCGAACGUUUUCAUCACAACAAGAGGAGUGGCAAAACUGGGCGACCUCGGACUGGGCCGUUUCUUUAGUAUGCAAACCAAUCAAGCGCAUUCUUUUGUUGGUACUCCUUAUUACAUGUAAGCUUUCUUUACCAGUCAUAUCUACUUAUCGUAAGUUUGCCUUAUCACCAGGACUGGACACAUCGCAGAGAGCCCCGUGCCCUAACGUAGGGCAAAAAGAUUGCGUGACGCUUUGUCUAGGGUAGGGUACCGAGCAUUGUAUGUCCGGUUACACAGGAAAGCACGGAAAAUAAUCAAUGCCCGGCUUAUUCAAAACCUGCCUACCCUACCCUUCCCUAUUAUAGCCGACCCACUUUACCAUACCUUAGCCUGCCCUACCCAGAGUUUUGCUUUUUGAGUCCGGUCCGGACGGUCCAAAUUUUUGAAUUUAUUUUUCCCGCCAAACUCAUAUCUCGAAAACUAUGAUAGAUAUCAAAAAACUAACAGCAUCUAGAAGGGUCAGAACCAUUCCAAAUAGGGGGGUAGAAAAAGUUUCAGACCGAUCAGACCGGUAAAAAAAAGCGCGGAAAAACAAAAUUCAAAUUCCGGUCCGGGAAGAACUCUGGCCCUACCCAAUUAGUCCCUUUAUCCAAUCCUUCUUAUCAUUUACUUUUAUUCUAGUAUAUUUAUACAAAUGCUUGCUUUACAAUAACAUUUUAGGUCACCAGAACGUAUGGUAGAACAAGGCUACAACUUUAAGUCUGACAUUUGGAGUUUGGGUUGUUUAUUGUAUGAGGUAAAUUUUACUGAUAAAUUCCCAUUUUUUGUAGUUUAUAAGAUCAAAAAACAAAAUUCUUCAAAAAUUUUAAAAAACCCAAAAAUUCUUUAUAGAUGGCAGCCCUACAAUCACCAUUUUAUGCCGAAAAAACCAAUUUAUACGCGUUGGUACGAAAAAUUGAAAGAUGCGAUUACCCUCCAAUACCUUCAAAUUUGUACUCUAAACAAGUAAGUGUCUUCUCACAAAAUCAUAAUUUUAAAACGUUAAAAUUUGAGACAAAGCCCUUCGUAUUUUACUCUUUAUAUAAUAUUUUUUGCCAUUUUAUCUUAUGUCACCGUUAGCAAAACUUACAAGGAAAGUACACUACCUGCCCCGCUCAGAAUCAGCUCCAAAUUUUUAUAUGAAUUCCUUGUACCACCAAUAGUACCUAUAAAAAAUUUUAGCUCGCGCUUUUGAGUUUUAAAUUUGAAUUAUUUUGGUUUCCCGCCAAUUUGGCAAAUUUGGCAUAGUGCUUCAAGCACUUUUUUGACUUUCCAAGCAAGCAACGCUUACAAAUUUAAAAAUGUAGAUUGAUUUAAAGGUAUUCUACUAGCAUAUCAAAGAAAAACUCCUAAAAGUCAAAAAAUGACAGAGUUAUAAGCUUGAAACACUAAUGCUAACUUGGCGGGAAAUUCAAAACGUCAUUUUUUGAUAUCAAUUUUCUCGGAAUUUCCUGAAAAGCCCGAUUUAGUGCUUUGCCGAAGACUUUAUAUUUACAUGAUUUUUCUAUAUAAAAAGUUUGAAGUCAUUCAGAGCGUUGCAGGUCGGGUACCUUCCUUGUUAAUAAAAAAUUAGACCAUUUUUAGAAAAACUUUUUUUUAAAUUUAACACCAAUAUCAUACCACUUCGUAUUUUACAGUUACAAAUGCUGAUUGAAAACUGCAUCUGCACUGAUCCACAUCGUCGUUUCAACGCGAAACAAGUUCAAACCGUUGCUGAGCACAUGAACUCGCACUUUUCUGGUCGACGAUGA